AUGGGAGCUGGGAACACUCAUAAAAGCACCAUCACUCAGAUUGAGAGACGGUUUGAGAUCCCAAGUUCUACUGCUGGUAUCAUUGAUGGCAGUUUUGAAAUGGGUGAGUUGAGAUGUAAUCUGUUGGUUAUCACUGUGGUAAGCUACUUUGGCGCCAAGUUUCACAGGGUCAUGGGUAUAGGGACAUUGAUAAUGGCUUUACCUCACUUCAUGAUGGACUGGUACACGUACGAUACAGCUGCCGCCCACACUAAUGAUGCUGAUAAUUUACAGAAUACUGUUCAACAGCUUGUGGCCGGAUGCCAAAAAGGGGAAGAGGAAAGCUCGCCCACAUGGGUGAUUGUGCUGUUGGGAAACAUUAUUCGUGAUGGGGAAGCCAACCUCGGUCCUUUGGGAAUGUCUUUCAUAGAUGAUUAUGCACACCCAGAAAACUCUGCUUUUUACUUUGGUUGCCUGCACACACUUGGAAUCAUCGGGCCAAUUUUCGGUUUCUCGCUUAGAUCUCUGUGUGCUAGUAUUUACGUGGACAUUGGCUUGGUUGAUAGAGGUGAGUUUAAAUUGUUAUACCUUAGAACUCACUAACAAGAAAGUACCAAAAAGAAGAGCAGUAUUACUUUUGUUUGUUUUUGAUAUGCACCAUGGUAGUACCUCCUCUUUGAAUUACCUUGAGGUAUCAUGACAAAUACAGUACCAUGGUAUGUGAAUAUGGCAAUGGUCAGAGGGUCGGUAGGGUCUCAAGCUGGAAAACAGUGGUCUACCACAGAGAAUUAGACCACCAUGGCUGGAAAAAUUGUGGCAGAACAAUUGAACAAGAUGGUUUAGGAGGAGCAGGAGGCCUUAGGGGAUCCAGCAGAAUAGGGGAGCCA